UUUUUACUUCAGAAAGCCUGUACCUUCCACGGAGGAUUUGACGUUUUGUUUUGGAGCUUCUCGUUCACUUUUCGCCGUUAAUUGGCUGCUGCGGAGUGUGAGUCAGAACGGUAUUGAGGCUCGGCCCUCCCAGAUGUGGGACUGGGCGUCUGUGCGGUGAUUUAACCACAGUGAAAUCUGAGCCCGCUCCGGCCUCGCCGACUGUAUUUUGGGAUGUUUUACAUGGGGCAGGACAAAGACACGUUACCAGGCGGGAGCCCAGUGUGAGCAGAUGUUUCUGCUCUGGGAAAAGAAGAAGGAGAAGAGGAAGAAGAAGAAGCGACAUCAUUUCUGCAGAAGAAGGGAGACUGAAAGACGAUAUGGCUGAAGAUGUCCGUGGACUCUGAAAAUUCUUGUGUUUUGCUGUCAUCUCGAGACUCCAGGACCUCCUGCAUCUUCCAGACCGCAGAUGAGAAAGAUGACAUCCCAGGAGUUGGCGAGGAGAGUGUCCUGGAGAUGCUGAGCUACUCCAAGUUCUCUGACCUGGAAACAUGGCUAUGCAUGCCGUCCUCGUUGCUGCUGUCCAGAGCUCUGGAAUCCACCCGCAACUCCUCCUCCUCCUGUGCCUCCUCUUCCUCACAUGCAUCCAACCACUCGUCCCCGCCGAUCUCCUCCUCGUCCUCCUCCCCGAAGUCCAUCUCCCGCCGCUCCACCUGCAGCGAGCCAGGAGAGACCGACACACCACUGAGGUCAUCAGAGAGGGAGUCCACCUUCCUCUCCUCUGCACCGGGGAAGGAGACGCCAUUUCUGGCUGCAUCGCUCCUCCCUGUCCUGUCCUCCACCCCUGUUGCUGCAGUGCUGAGUACUGGGACGUCAGCGGCAGACUCCACCCCCCAGACCGGGGUCAGCAUCAGGAAGCGGAGGCGGCUCGCUGCCAGUCCUGGAGGGCUGCACUGGAACUCUGCAGGUUCGGUGCAACGCGACUUCUGGUCACCUGAUCUGCCGUCAGUGUCGGGUGGGAACACGGCGGCAGCAGCAGGAGGUGGACGAGGUGGAGCGGGUGUAGGUGGGGGUGCGAGGAGCCUCCCCCUGUCUGGGGGAGGCGAGGAGGCCUGGUCCAAUGAGCAUGUGGCUUUGAGGAAGACGAUUUCGGUUGACGAACGACUCCUGCAACCAACGAGCGGCGAGCAGCCUCACCUGAGGCUGUUGAGUCGACUGGAGAGAGGCAGGAAGAAGCUUCGCAACAUCCACAGUCUGGGAACCGCCGGCAGAUACGACUCCAGGAAAAAGUCUGACAAUAGGAUCUCUCGGUUGGCCCAGAGGUGGAACCAGAGGCCAGCUGGAGAUGCUCUGAUCAAAGACCUGAAGCCUCUGUUUUACACAGGAAUCCCGCGAUCCUCACUGAGCUUGGACAGACGCCUCCCAGGUGUUAUGACCCAGCAAAUGCAGAACCUGCAGUUGUCUCAGACCAGGAAGUGCCCCGGUGGGCCGGCCUCCCCCAACGCCGCCAAGCGCCUCUACCGGAACCUGUCGGAGAAGCUACGAGGAAGCACCUCCUCCUUCGAAGAUGCCUACUUCUUCGGCAAGACGGACCGCCUCCGCAAAGCCUCGCAGACCAUGCAGGGCAGCGACUGUAUCUUUGAGGCGGUGGAGCAACAGGACCUGGACGCGGUGCAGAUCCUCCUCUACCAGUUCUCGGCCGAAGAGCUGGACCUCAACACCCCCAACAGCCAGGGUCUGACGCCGCUGGACAUCGCCAUCAUGACCAACAACACGCCCAUUGCCAAACUGCUGCUGAAGGCUGGCGCCAAGGAAAGUCCACACUUCGUGAGCGUGGAGAGUCGGGAGGCCCACCUGAGCUCUCUGGUGGCGGAGGCCGAGCGGCGGGCGGCGGACCUGGCGGCUCAGGCGCAGAGGGACGGCUUGUCUCUGGAGGCCUGCCACAAGGACAAACAACUGAGAGCCUGGGAGUGGAGGAGCAAGCUGUACAAACGCAUGAGGACGGGCUUCCAGCACGCACGUCCCCCGGAGGCCCCGACGAUGGUUCGUCUGAGCGUGAGCAGUAGCACCACACUGACUGUCACCUUCCAGGAACCGCAGUGCCUAAACUCCACUGUGGUGACCAAAUACAGAGUGGAGUGGAGCUGCCUGAAGGACUUUUCGCUGCUUGCUGGAGAGAUGGUGUUGGAUAAUCUGCAGACUCUGAAGUGCAUCAUUGGCAGCCUCACCACGGGUCGGCUCUACUACGUCCGAGUGUCGGCCUACAACAUGAAGGGCUGGGGUCCUCCGGCCUCCUCCCUGCCUCCGUCUGCUGCUCCCUCCAAUUGGAGGGAGAGCGACGGUCGGGAGCCGAGGAGGCGAGGCCACAUCGAGGCCAUGGAGCGUCUGCUGCAGCAGGUCCGAGCGACUCACACACACUACUGCUGUGGAGACACAUCAAAGCUCCAGAACCCGAGCAGGAAGCAGUCCGUCUCCAGAAGUCUGAAACACCUCUUCAACUCCUCCAACAAGUUUGUGAAGACGCUGAAAAGGGGCAUCUACCUGGCAGCCGUGUUCUACCAUAAGGACAGUUUACUGGUGACGGCCGAGGACCAGGUCCCCAUCGUGGAGGUGGACGACUCCUACAGCAGCUCCCUCAUGCAGGACUUCCUCUGGUUCACGAAGCUGUCCUGCAUGUGGGAGGACGUCCGGUGGCUGAGACAGAGUAUGUCGGUGUCGAUGUCGUCGUCCUCCACCCUGCAGGCCAGGCACAAGAUGCUCACCGCCGCCGGCCAGCUGCAGAGCCUCCUGGGAACUCACAACCUGGGAAGAGUCCACUACGAGCCCAUCAAGGAUCGCCACGGCAACGUGCUGCUGGUGACCAUUCGCGACCUGGAGAGCCAGCACUCGCUGUUCAGCGGGAAGUGGAUGCAGGUGACCAAACUGCAGAGCCAGAGGAAGUCUCUGUCCACGCCCGAGGAGCCGUACGCCCUCGACAUCCUCAUCAUCACCAUACAGGACAUCUUGGCGUACCAGCGGCGCAGCACUCACCGCUUGGCCCCGGGCCUCUACCUGGGCUACCUGAAGCUCAGCAGCUCCGUGGACCAGAUCAAAGUGCUGGUGUCCCAGAGGACCCCCAACAUGCUGUGUCAUAGCCGUGUACGAGAGAACGCCAACGUGUCCAGGGAGGAGUGGGACUGGAUCCAGACGCUGUCGGCCGCAGGAGAGAAGGAGCGUGCCGGCGAGGAGAGCGAAGAGGCGGGGCCCAGGCCUGAAAGCUCCGCCCCUUUACUGUACUACGAGCUGCAGACGGCGAUCAAGUCUCUGCUGAAACACAUCAACCUACCUCUGCACCAGGCGCGUCACUUCCGCCUUUACAGUCAGGAGGUGGUGGAGCUCGGUCACGGCGUCUCCUUCCUGCUGCUGCUGCCGGCGGCCGACGACGUCUGCUCCGCCCCCGGACAGUCCAACCCGUACACCCCCCUGUCAGGGUUCCUCCACAUCCCACUGCAGAUGUUCGAACUCGUGCACUUCUGCACCUACAAAGACAAGUUCAUCAGUCUGUACUGCCGUCUGUCCUCCGUCCUGGACCUGGACGCCCUCAUUACCCAGCAGGCACUGCGAGAGGCCAUCACUGACAGCGAGGUGGCCACAGCCAAGCAGAGGCACCAGCUCAUACUGGACUACAUCCAGCAACUGGACGAGAUGCGUCGUGAUCUGCGCUGGAUCACAGACGCCCUGCAGUGCGCCCGUUACAAACAGCCCCGCGGCGGCGUGCCGGUCACCUGCCUGGUGGACGCCAACGCUCCGAAUAGCGACUCCGGCCAGCAGAAGACCGACUCCACCUCCUCGACCAUGGACUACCUGCCCACACCCUCCCCCUCACCUGAACUCCACAGGAGGAAAGCCAUCAGCGACUCUCUGCUCGGUUCAGAUGAAGACGGGUCCUCGGAGGUGUUUCUGCCUACAGACAGCGACUACGACUCGAGCGACGCCCUGAGCCCCCGCGAGCUGGACCUGCUCUACUCUCCACCCCAGGACCUGUCCCAGCAGGCCGUGCACUCGCUGGGCGGCAGCGCCCCCGACGUGCUGCAGAUCCACGAGCUCAGGUACAGCGUCUGCCCGCCGAAAGACCUCCCUCUGUCCUCGGUGGUGAAGGAUCCCAAACCUAAAGACGCUCCUCUCUCCUCACCCCUCCUUCCCCACUCCCCCUCUCUAUCCAAAGACUUCCCUCUCUCUCCCUCAGGUCUGCCUCGCUCUCCCUCUCUCUGCAGGACCCUCCCCACCUCUCCGUCCGUCCCCUUGUCCCCCAGAUUCUCCAAAGACCUUCCUCUGUCCCUCCCGCUCUCCCCGGCACUGUCUGACACCACCAAGACUCUGGAGGGUCUCUCCCUCUCCAGGAGCCACCAGGAGGGCGUCGCUCCCCUGAGGGCCCUCGCCAACCCCCCUGCCAAACGCAAACUUCUCUCCAGGAGCCACCGCGGCCAGUACUUCAGCGGGCCCCAGCGCUGGCUCAGGGGCCACAGUGGGGACAGCCACAGCGUAUCUUUAUCUGAGGGCAUCUACACCAAGCAGUUCGACCCAGACCUGCCUCUGCCCGGGGACCUGCCCUCCCUCCAAGGCACCACCUACGUGAGCCACGCCUCCUGCAUCCUGGAGAGCCGGAAGGGCCGACAGCGUGAGCCGCGGCCCCACGUCCGCAGGAUCUUUGUGGAGCCCUGUAAGGAGCUGUCGCCGGGUCACGAGAGGAGGUGCUGGGAGGAGGAGCAGAGGCCAGAAGAGAAGGAGAAGGUGACGGCUGCAGGCGUGUCGGUGGUCGUGGCACAGGCGGAAUCUGGACGGGAGGGGGAGGAGCCAGAGGGAGCUUCAAACCAGGAUGUAGACUCAGAUGACCAAACAAAUGCGCAGGUGUCAGAGAUCCUCAGCAGCACACUGUGAGACCGGUCAGCAGGUUCAGACACUCUGUUUAAAGCUACGCUGGGCAGCUGUUUUAAAACACAGCCAGCAGGAUCAGGACCCCCAGGUACUGGUCCAGCAGUCUGACUCAGCCAUCCCAGAUCUACUUUACUUGCACACAUGUGCCAUGUGGUUGAGUCGGGACACUUGAAACCCUGAGUUGUACUUAUUUCUAACUGUGUAAAAGUUAAAGACUAGACUUCUAUGAUUUAAUAUGAGAUUUGUAGUCGUAGAAGGACACAGCUGACGUUGUUCUCUGCCGUUCAGUUAGUGAGUUAAUAAAACUUGUGAUCAUCGUGUGAAAACCUGCCCAGUGUAGCUUUAACACGUCCUCGAAGCUGGACGACGCGUGUGUGCGUGUGUUACGCUGAGCUGCACCCCCGCAGACUGUAAACUAAAGUUGCUGGUUCAACUCCGCCACACCUCAGAACCCAUGGCAUCGACUGUUACAAACAGAAUAAUCAAUGCAACAGCAAACCGAGCACUGCUUCUCCGAUCAGGAACUUUGCACACUUUGACUGUACGUCAACCAAAAAAACGGUGAUUCGAUUGAUUGUGGCUCGUCAGAAAUUCCAACGUUUAUUUCCCAGUUGAGUUAAAUUUUCUGAACUCCUCUCGAAGUUUCCUGCCGAUUCUUUUGCCGUGGUGGUCUUCAGAGCACGGAUUCUCCUCGACUUGAAGUGAAUGUACAGUUCAGCCUGUUUGUGUGGUCUCCUGUCACUUUGAGCUGCUCCUGUCGGGUCUUGAUGUGAUUGAAUAAACCUGUGGUCAGUCUGAAGAUAAAGAAUUAUAUCUAUGUAUAUAAAUAUAUAUGAGACUGAGUUUGAGACACACGAGACCUGCCUCAGUCCCUGCAGUCAGACCACUAUGAACCUGAAGAGUAUUUUUAUAGUCUCAGAUUAAAGACAUACUGUUUUACCUGAGAUGCUGAGGAUCCGUUGCAGCUGUAUUAUGUUGGCAUGACGUCGUUUGUAGUUUGUCGUUUUGUUCUGGACUGAAGCUUCGUGUCCACUUUGUACCUCCGAUGUCAGGGCUCGGGGGGUCAGGACACGACUGAAAACCGUAUGCACUUUGCCGGACUCUGAUGCUGUUUGUGUUGUGCUGUUGUGUUGACUCUUUGUUCAGCUUCCUCCACAGUCACUGCGAUGUUUCCUCGAAGGCUGGCGGUGCGUUCAGUGUCACAGAGAAGUGACGUAACACUCGGUCGGUUUGAGAGCUGUGUGAACAGGUUCUUCAAAUAUAUGCACGCUGUUUUUAAAGUGCGUUUUUAAUGUUUGCACAUAGCAAUUAUGGAAUAAAAGCUAAUUGAAUAUAUUUGAUGCAACUGGGCAUUAACUGUGGCAGCUUCUAUCAUUAAUGACUGUUUACUGAAGUGUUGAUGAUAAAGACGUGUGAAGUAUUCAUGUACACGUUUUGUUCUUGUUUGAAUGUGUAGCACAGUUCAGCUUUACAACCUGACAUGCACUAACGAUACUGACGCACCACAACAAGUCUGUACUGCGGUCGUCUCUUCAUGUGAAGUUAAUACGUUCAGUCGCUUCUUUGACGACAGUUUAAAAAAAACAUCAUUUCUGUACGUUUAGUACGAAGCUAAAGCCAAGAAGUGAUUAGCCUAGCUUAGCAUUAAGAAUGUAACAGAUCUGUGCAAAGUUUAAAACUCCUUCCAAUCAAAUCGGUGCAUCUCAUCUGUUCAGUCUGGACGCAAACAAACAAAGAGCCAGGCUAGCAGUUUCCCCCUGCUUCCAGUCUUUAUGCUAAGCUAAGCUAACCUUUGUAAACUGUGUGCUGAACACCAGGCAUGAGACUGACGUCCAUCUGAGCACGUUCCCCUCACAUAGAAAGAGAAUAAACAUGUUGAGCUGUUCCUUUAAAUCUGUAACGUGGUGUUUUGUUGGUUACCAUAACGUUGUGCUCACUGAAGUAAGAAACACGAGCAGCAGCCUCCAGCGCCACCUUCUGGACAAACAACACUUUACAUAACUCAGCUUAUUUACUAAAAAACAUGGAAAUGCACCUAAUUCACAUUUUGUUUUUGCAGCUUUUCAAAAGUUUGCUUCAAAUUUGCUUCACGAUUAGAAAACAGCUGAUGUGUAACAACUUGGUUCAAAGACUCUCGAUUGAGAUUUGAAAUUUUCACUUCAUUAGUAAAUGUGGGACUGAAAUGACUCAAAUCUUUAUUUAAAAUAACGAAUCGGACGAUGAGAGCAGUAAACGCUGGAGGACACUCGGGGACCUUCAUAAGCUGUCUGAUCGUGUUUCUUCUGUCCAGCGACGUCAGUGAACCUCAGAGGGAACCGAAGCUUUCGGGGCACAGGAACUUUGUGAUGGCUGGUUUGAAGCUGUGAUGGCGCUGGCGGGCUGAAGAUGAGCGUCUGAAUGUUUCUCCUUUAGAUGACUUGCUGAAAUGUGAGGACUCUCAGCUUCAGCCUGACACGCAUCACGUUGUGUCUCCGUGUUCCCAUCAGCCCUCUGAGGGACGACCUUCUGUUUGCAUAUCUUUGCAUCACUUUAAUGAACGGCUUUAUGAACCCUGUUUAUUUAUUGGCAGCAAAACCGUGAUUUUUUUAUGGACUGCUUAAAAAAAAUGGCUCCAGUGUUUUCAAGCGUUUUGCAACCUCUGAGCUCACAUGAAUGGAUGUAUUUUAACAAAUGAAAUAAACUUUGUCUCAUGUGGUUGUUCUGAAACCUGAGUUUGUCUUUUG